AUGGCGGAGGUGAAAUACACCGAGCAGCUCGAGGUAGCCGAGAAGAAAAACGCUAAGCUACUCGAACAGAAGGCUAAGCUGGUCGAAGAGCUGAAACAACACCAAGCUACUUUGAUCAAAGCCAUCGAAACUAAAGAGAAGUACAAGGAGGAUUCUUUGCUUAAUUAUAAGGAAGCCUCUAAGCUUCAAGAUGAUCUGGUCAUCAGCAGAAAGGAGACUGAGAGGUUGGAGGAACGCGUCAAAGAGCUCGAGGAGACCAAUGCUAGUAACUUGGAUAGGUACAAGGGGGCCACUUUCAGAUGCUUUUAUACGUUCUGGAAGCAUAACCGCGAGGUGGACUUUAGCUAUCUCUCAGAGCGUAUGAGGCAGACUGAGAUAAACAGGUGCCUGGCUCGCCUUGAAGAGGAAGAGCGGGCGAGCGUUCCAGCAUCCCCCGAAAUCUAUUUGGCUACAGGCAUCGAUGGCGUAGAUGAGGAAAUUGGGGCCUCCGUCAACCAGCAAACUCCUCAAGAUCCUUCUACUUCAUAA